AAAGAGAGUAGCAAAAUUCUCUAGUUUUGAGAACUUCGAGUAUGAUGCGAGUGAAGUAGAGCAGACACGUUGAAGAUAUCUUCCACCUGGUAUCUGAGUAUCUAUUGAUAACAAAAAUACUUCCUUCAAAGAAGUAGUCUCUUCUAGCUGGGGCCAUCAGCCUUGUGAAGUAGUUUCUUCCGUAAAGAUUAGACUAGGUAUGCCAUCACGAAAUGAUGGCAGCAUGUGCUCGUCCUCUGAUGAGAACGAGAGGUCGUCCACGACAAUUGCUAGGCAGUUUCCGGUCUGUCGUCAUGGCACAACAACGAACCAGGACUCUCUCUUCUAAGAGUAAGACGGGCGACAAAAACUCCAACGACGAAACUGCGCAAGACUUGUUACAGAAGGAGUUCGAUGCCGAGCAAAAUUAUGAGUUUAUUUCUUUUUUUCUUAAGAUUUACAAAUCUUUAUCUUACUGAUCGAUGAUGUCAUUACAAUCCUUACGUUCUAUGCUGCUGUACCGCUUCUAAUCCCCAGCCGCUCUUGCAGGCGUUGUAUAGAGUCUUUCGUGUAGGACUUGCUUUUGUUGGUAGAACAUAUAUCAACAAGAGUAAAUCGGUGUAAUAAAAUGUUCUGCCUCGGACUUGCUUUUUGUCCAAGUCCAAGGCAGAACAUUUUAUUACACCGAUUUACUCUUGUUGAUAUCGUAGAGGACCUGGUGUAAAAGUUAAGUAUUUAGGAGUUUGAGUUUCUAAAUUCUUGACCUUCCCUUGUACAAAAGCGGAUUGGAAGAGACCGACCGUGCAGCACUCUUUCAUGGUAGAACUGGAACUACUGCUACCUGCGCAGAAGUCUUCGCAUUCUUUUCGAUGAAAAAUAGCAGUGAAAGCUCAUCUUCUAAGCACAGGAUCCGCGAAAGGGCUUCAGCAACUUCUAUUACUGAUGAAAGUGGAAA